AUGUUGUCUGCUCGUAGUAACGUUUUACGUCAAAUUUCUCGUCGUUUCAAUUCUAACAAGGUCCAAGGUGCGGUCAUUGGUAUCGACUUGGGUACCACAAACUCUGCUGUUGCUAUCAUGGAGGGUAAGGUUCCAAAGAUUAUCGAAAAUGCUGAAGGUUCCAGAACAACUCCAUCUGUUGUUGCUUUUACCAAGGAGGGUGAAAGACUAGUUGGUAUUCCAGCCAAGCGUCAAGCUGUUGUCAACCCAGAAAAUACUUUGUUUGCCACCAAGCGUUUGAUUGGUAGAAGAUUCGAUGACGCAGAAGUUCAAAGAGAUAUUAAACAAGUUCCAUACAAGAUUGUCAAGCACUCUAAUGGUGAUGCUUGGGUUGAAGCCAGAGGAAAAACUUAUUCUCCAGCUCAAAUUGGUGGGUUUGUCUUAAAUAAAAUGAAAGAGACUGCUGAAAGUUAUUUGGGUAAGCCAGUUAAGAAUGCUGUUGUUACAGUUCCUGCUUAUUUCAACGAUUCUCAAAGACAAGCUACCAAGGAUGCUGGUCAAAUUGUUGGUUUAAACGUUUUGAGAGUUGUUAACGAACCAACCGCUGCUGCUUUGGCCUACGGUUUAGAAAAGACUGAGGCCAAAAUUAUUGCUGUUUUUGAUUUGGGUGGUGGUACUUUUGAUAUUUCCAUUUUGGAUAUCGACAAUGGUGUUUUUGAAGUCAAGUCUACCAACGGUGAUACCCAUUUGGGUGGUGAGGAUUUCGAUAUUACCUUGUUGAGAGAUAUUGUUGCAAAAUUCAAGGAUGAAUCAGGUAUUGAUUUGGAAAAUGACAGAAUGGCUAUCCAAAGAAUCAGAGAGGCUGCUGAAAAAGCCAAGAUUGAAUUAUCUUCUACUGUUUCCACUGAAAUCAAUUUGCCAUUUAUUACCGCUGAUGCUUCAGGUCCAAAGCAUAUCAACAUGAAAUUCUCCAGAGCUCAAUUUGAAACCUUGACUGAACCAUUAAUUAAGAGAACUGUUGAGCCAUGUAAGAAGGCUUUGAAGGAUGCUGGUAUCGCCACUUCAGAUGUCGGUGAAGUUAUUCUGGUUGGUGGUAUGUCUAGAAUGCCAAAGGUUGUUGAAACUGUUAAGCAAAUUUUUGGUAAGGAACCAUCCAAGAGUGUUAAUCCAGACGAAGCUGUUGCCAUGGGUGCUGCUAUCCAAGGUGCUGUUUUGGCCGGUGAAGUCACAGAUGUCUUGUUAUUGGAUGUCACUCCAUUAUCCUUGGGUAUUGAAACUUUGGGUGGUGUUUUCACCAGAUUGAUUCCAAGAAACACUACCAUUCCAAGUAAGAAAUCUCAAAUUUUCUCUACUGCAGCAUCUGGCCAAACUUCUGUUGAAAUUAGAGUUUUCCAAGGUGAACGUGAAUUGGUUAGAGACAACAAAUUGAUUGGUAACUUUACAUUAUCAGGGAUCCCACCUGCUCCAAAGGGUGUUCCACAAAUUGAAGUCACUUUUGACAUUGAUGCUGAUGGUAUUAUUAAUGUUUCUGCUAGAGACAAAGCUAGUAAUAAGGAUGCUUCUAUCACUGUUGCUGGUUCCUCUGGUUUGAGCGAAUCUGAAAUUGAACAGAUGGUUAACGAUGCCGAAAAAUUCAAGAGCCAAGAUGAGGCUAAAAAGAGUGCUAUUGAAAAUGCGAACAAAGCUGAUCAAUUAUGUAACGAUACCGAAGCUUCUUUGAAAGAAUUUGAAGCUAAGGUUGAUAAGGCUGAGGCCCAAAAGGUUAAGGAUCAAAUUACUGCCUUGAGGGAGUUUGUUGCCAGAGCUCAAGCUGGUGAAGAAGUUAAGGCUGAAGAAUUGAAGACCAAGACUGAGGAAUUACAAAACGCCUCUAUGAAGUUAUUUGAACAAAUCUACAAGAACAAUCAAGGCGGUGAGGCUAAACCAAACCCAGAAGAGAAGAAAUGA